AUGUUUCAACAACAACAGCAACAAGAGGAAAACUAUUUACAGCCUCACAAUUUCCACAAUUGCAAUGCCACACUCAAUGAAUCUAUGUUUUUCAAUCCUGAUACCGCACAAGAAAUUUGCCCGGGUAUUUGGUUAGGGCCGUAUACUUCAUUAUUAACUACACCUCAAGUGACCAAUUUGCGUUAUGCACCUCCUCCACAAUCGCAGCUGGCAGGAGGAGGAUACAAUUUUAUCUCCAACAACAAUAUCAAGAUUAUUGUCAAUUGUGGUUCAACUUUGGAAUUUCUUGAUUUGAUUGAAAAUUCACCUCAUAUUUCCAUCUCCUCGGAUGUUUUAGUAUUGAGUUUAGAUCCAUCAUUUGAUGCGUCAAUGUCUCCUCAAGGAAAUGAGUUGAUUCAAAGGUUUACUCGAGAUUAUAGUAAAAUCCUACAAAACUAUAUGAAUUCAUUCUAUUUCAAUAAUCCCAAUGCCAAUAAUUUGAUUCAUAAUUUACCAUCAAAUCAUAAUUUAUCCAUUGACUCCCCCAUACUAAAUGGAUCAAAUUUAAAAUUACAAUUUUUUAAAUUAAUUCGAUUAAUUUCAUUAUUUAAAUUAAUAAACUAUGAUUUACAAUGUCUUUUCGUAUCUGAAGAUGGUAAUGGUUCAUUAUCUACUGGAUUGACCAUUGCUUAUCUUAUGGAUUGUUAUCGAUAUAAUUUUCAAAAUUCAUUUAAAUUGAUUCAUGAACGACGUUCUACUAUAAGACAAUUACAAUUGAAUUUUUAUGAUGAUUUAUUGAUUAUUGAAAAUUUAAAGAAAUUUUAUUGGGAAAAUAUUGAAUUAAAGGGGAAAAAUCCUAAUUUGUUGAUGAAUGGGUUUAAGAGGUCUAUGGGAAGUGGUAAUGAGAGUGGAUCUACCUCUGUUGAUGAUGAAAAUGGAGGAGGUGGUGGUGAUGAGAUUAUGGUUGGUGGUGAUAGAAAGAGAAAACUACAUUAG